CGCCCCCUCCCCGCCGGGCGGCGGAGCCCUCGGUCUCCCCGCUCUCGGGCCGCUGCACAGCGUCCUUUGACGCGUUGAUAAUAUGCAUGUGUCAUUAGCUGAGGCCUUGGAGGUUCGGGGAGGACCACUGCAAGAGGAAGAGAUAUGGGCCGUAUUAAGUCAAAGUGCAGAAAGUCUUCAAGAAUUAUUCAGAAAAGUGAACACAGCAGACCCUACUGCCCUUGGCUUUAUCAUUUCUCCAUGGUCUCUGUUGCUGUUACCAUCUGGCAGUGUGUCAUUUACAGAUGAGAGUGUUUCCCAUCAAGACCUUCGAGCCUUCACUGCGCCCGAGAUUCUUCAGAACCAGUCACUGAACUCUCUCUCAGAUGUUGAAAAGAUACAUAUUUAUUCUCUUGGGAUGACAUUGUACUGGGGAGCUGACCAUGAAGUACCUCAAACUCAACCUAUCAAGCUUGGAGACCAUCUGAACAGCAUAUUGCUUGGCAUGUGUGAGGAUGUUAUUUAUGCUCGUGUUUCUAUACGGACUGUCCUGGAUGCUUGCAGUGCCCACAUUAGGAAUAGCAACUGUGCACCUUCUUUCUCUUAUGUAAAACAGUUGGUAAAGCUGGUUCUUGGAAGCCUUUCUGGGGUAGACCAACCUCCAUGUAACAAUGAGCAGAAACUACGUCCUGAUAGAAGCCAAGCCCUUCGGGACCGAUUGAGAGGAAAAGGCCUACCCACUGGAAGAAGCUCCACUUCUGAUGUACUAGCUGUACCCAAGGCUGCAUUGCCUCAGCAGAGUUUUCUUAAUAAAGGGCUUAGUAAGUCUAUGGGAUUUCUCUCCAUCAGAGACACACCCAAUGAGGAAGAUUAUUUUAAGGAUCUUUCCUCAGAUUACAACCCUGCAUAUGAUGAUUCAGAAGGUCCCUGUGCCUUUUAUCACUAUAAAACUAAUGGCACAGAAAGAAAAGGUAACCUUGGCCCCAGCGUACUUCAUAAGCAGAAGGUUUGGGCUUCAUCCCUGGAUUUGCUCUGCUCCUCUGACAACCCAGCCAACGAAGACCUGCUCUCUGGAGAGAUUGGAAGACUUCGUCACUGUUUCCCUGAGACGAUAAAAACACAAGUUUCUACUGCUCCUAGAAAGAAAGAGGCAAGAUACUCAGAUGGAAGUCUAGCCUUGGAUGUGUUUGGUCCUCAGAGACUGGUCCCAGUUCGCCAUAUGCCAGAGUUACCCACCUCACCAGCGAUAUCGAGUGCCUUGGAUAGGAUACGAGGAAGACAGAAGAAGCUCCAAGUGUUGAGGGAGGCCAUGAACAUAGAAGAACCAAUUCGAAGAUACAAACCUUACCAGACCGAUAUCUAUAGUACUUCCAGUGAAAGUCCAUCUAUUAUUUCUUCUGAGCCAGAUUUCCGACAAGUGAAGAGGAGCGAAGCUUCAAAAGCAUUUGACUCCAGCAGUGGACUCCAAGGGGUUGAUGAAACCUCAUGCCAUGGACAGUCACAGAGACCAAACAGACAAUUUGAAAAAUCAUUUGAAGGCAACCUGAUUAGCCAAGAGAUCAUGCUGAAACGUCAGGAGGAAGAAUUGAUGCAGCUCCAGACUAGGAUGGCUCUUAGACAAUCUCGGUUAAGCCUUUUUCCAGGAGACACCAUCAAAGCCUCUAUGCUUGAUGUCACCAGAGAUCCCCUGAGAGAAAUGGCAUUAGAAACAGCUAUGACCCAAAGAAAACUGAGGAAUUUCUUUGGACCUGAAUUUGUAAAGAUGACAGUUGAACCAUUUAUAUCUUUGGAUCUGCCAAAAUCUAUACUUACCAAGAAAGGGAAGAAUGAAGAUACCCGGAGAAAAAUAAACAUCAUGCUUCUGAGUGGACAGCGAUUGGAGCUGACCUGUGAUAUCAAAACCCUCUGUAAAGAUGUGUUUGACAUGGUUGUGGCCCAUAUUGGCUUGGUGGAACAUCACUUAUUUGCCUUAGCUAGUCUUAAAGAUAAUGAGUAUUUCUUUGUUGAUCCUGAUCUGAAACUAACUAAAGUGGCCCCAGAGGGAUGGAAAGAAGAACCAAAGAAAAAGAACAAAACAACUAUUGAUUUUACUUUGUUCCUACGAAUUAAAUUUUUCCUAGAUGAUGUCAGUCUAAUACAACAUACUUUGACCUGUCACCAAUAUUAUCUCCAACUGCGUAAAGAUAUCUUGGAGGAGAGGAUGCACUGUGAUGAUGAAACUUCCCUACUGCUAGCCUCUUUGGCCCUUCAAGCCGAGUAUGGAGAUUACCAGCCAGAGGUUCAUGGUAUGUCUUACUUUAGACUGGAACAUUACUUGCCAGCUAGAGUGACAGAGAAAAUGGAUUUAUCCUAUGUGAAAGAAGAGUUACCUAAAUUGCACAGUACCUAUAUAGGGGCUUCUGAAAAAGAAACAGAAAUGGAGUUUUUAAAGGUCUGCCAAAGACUGACAGAGUAUGGCGUUCAUUUUCAUCGUGUGCACCCAGAAAAGAAGUCUCAAACAGGAAUACUUCUUGGCAUCUGUUCUAAAGGCGUCCUUGUGUUUGAGGUGCACAAUGGGACCAGAACCCUGGUGCUUCGCUUCCCAUGGAGAGAGACCAGGAAGAUUUCUUUUUCUAAAAAGAAAAUCACCCUGCAGAAUACAUCUGAUGAAAUAAAGCAUACGUUCCAGACCAAUAACAGUAAAGUUUGUCAGUACCUCCUACAUCUCUGUUCUUCCCAGCACAAAUUCCAGCUGCAAAUGAGAACAAGACAAAGUAACCAAGAUGCCCUAGAUAUCGAGAGAGCUUCGUUUAGGAGUCUGAACUUCCAAGGAGAUUCUGUUAGAGGAUACACUAUGGGGCGUGCAGUCAGCACCGGCAGCCUGGCCAGCAGCACGCUGAACAAACUGGCUGUUCGGCCUUUGUCCGUUCAAGCCGAGAUUCUGAAGAGACUGUCCUGCUCGGAGUUGUCCCUGUACCAGCCACUGCAAGGCAGUUCAAAAGAAAGGAGUGAAAAAACAUCAUGGGAGGAAAGGCCCAGCGGAAUGAGCAAAUCCUACCAUGAUCUCAGUCAGGUCUCUCUCUAUCCUCAUCAAAAAAGUGUUAUUGACAACGUUGACUCCCCACCACAAGCCAAUGAGGAGCUGGUGGGAAAACCAUCUCAGCAGAUUGCGCGGCCAGAGACAGAGUGUGUGGCAGGAUUCAGGAAACUCAAUAAUUCAAAGUCUGUUGCAAGUUUAAGUAGAAGCCCUGAAAGGAGAAAGCAUGAAUCAGACUCCUCAUCGGUUGAAGACACUGGUCACGCAUAUGUUGUAGGAAUUAGCUCUGGAAAUGGAUUAUCCCAAGCAUCCUUGAAAGAAAAUGAUGUUCUGCAAAAAAGAUGGAGCAUUGUGUCUUCACCAGAAAGGGAGAUCACCUUGGUGAAUUUGAAAAAGGAUAACAAAUAUGACUUGGGAUUUCAGAUUGUUGGUGGAGAGAAGACAGGAAGACUGGAUCUGGGUGUUUUUAUCAGUUCAGUAACUCCUGGGGGACCUGCUGAUUUGGAUGGCUCCCUAAAGCCAGGAGAUCGUUUAAUAUCUGUGAAUAGCAUGAGUCUAGAAGGUGUUGGCUACAAUGCAGCAUUAGAAAUUUUGCAGAAUGCUCCUGAGGAUGUGACACUUGUUAUCUCUAAGCCAAAAGAGAAGAUUUCUAAAGCACCUUCUACACCUACAUAUCUUUCCAAUAGGAUGACAAAUUAUGUUCCCAGGCCUUCCUCCAUUAAAGACAAUGACCUAGAACCUUCUUUAGAGGACCACCAUCAGACACAUUAUCACCGGCGUAUCUCACUUUGUUCUUCUGCCCUGUCAGUGGGCCAAAAGGAGGGAAGCCUGAGUUCUCAGGAUUCUAGGACUGAGAGUGCCAGCCUGUCCCAGAGCCAUUUAAAUGGCUUCUUGGUAAACCAUUUGGGUGCCCCUGAAUUCCAGCAUUCCAGCCCUUCUUCCUUGGCUAUGUCUAAAGCAUCAGAGAAAAAACAGACCUUAAAUGACCACAACCAAAGCAAAGCUAAAAAGUUAGGCAUUUCAGAAACCAUGGAUUAUUCUGACCGUGGGGAUUCAGACAUGGAUGAAGCCACUUAUUCAAGCAGUCAGGAUCAUCAAACUAAAAAGGAACCUUCUUCAAUGAGUACAUCCACCAAAAUGAAUUUAAAAAAAAAUUCUUCAGCACCUCCUAAGCCUGGAGAUAUCUUUGAAGUUGAACUGUCUAAAAAUGAUAACAGCUUGGGAAUAAGUGUCACGGUACUGUUUGAAAAGGGAGGAGUAAAUACCGGCGUUAGACAUGGUGGCAUUUAUGUGAAGGCUGUGAUUCCCAAGGGAGCCGCUGAGUCUGAUGGUAGAAUUCACAAAGGUGACCGUGUUCUGUCUGUUAAUGGAGUUAGUUUGGAAGGAACUACGCAUAAACAGGCUGUGGAAGCAUUAAGAAAUACAGGGCAGGUGGUCCAUCUGUUGUUAGAAAAAGGACAGCCUCCAACAGCCAAAGUACAUGCACCAGUGACUCCACAGGGAACUCUUCUAGAACAGGCUACCCUGGAAAAACCCAUGAAAAAAACUAACAACACCAAAGACUAUGAUUUUGUUACUGAAGAAAACACGUUUGAGGUAAAAUUACUAAAAAAUAGCUCAGGGCUAGGUUUUAGUUUUUCCCGUGAAGACAACCUCAUUCCAGAGCAAAUGAAUGCCAGCAUCGUAAGGGUUAAAAAGCUGUUUCCUGGUCAGCCAGCAGCAGAAAGUGGAAAAAUUGAUGUUGGAGAUGUCAUCAUGAAAGUAAACGGGGCUUCUCUGAAGGGGCUCUCCCAACAGGACGUCAUCUCUGUUCUCAGGGGAACGUCCCCAGAAGUCUCUUUACUCCUUUGUCGACCCCCACCUGGUAUACUGCCAGAAAUUGAUGCAUCUGUCUUGACUCCACUCCACUCCCCAGUGCAGAUAUUCCCAGACAGCAGGAAAGAAGCCCAUCAACCGCCCCAUGGAGAUCAUGGCACCAGCUCAGAUGAAAACGAAAUGUCUGACAAAAGCAAAAAGCUAUUUCACUCCCUUUCUAGGAGAGAUAGCUAUGGUUACAGCAGUGGAAGUGGGGAGGAAGACUUAGCAAUCACUCCCACCCAGAUAACAAACACUAACUGGAACUCAGCCUCUCAUCAGACUCUGAAUAAUGUGGUAUCACCAGUGAACAGUCGAUAUGAAACAAGUGGCCAGGAAGAAGUUGCCUCUACCAUGUUUUAUUACCCUCAGGAACCCCCCAGUAGGCCAAACUAUGAGGACAGCAACCCUCCCUCUCCUUUGCCAGUGGACAUUGCGCCUCUUCAGGGUUGCAGACUACAGCUGGAAAAUGUCUCCUCCAAUUCAGUGGAUAACAAUUACAUGCAUCACACUUCAGAGCUUACUACCCAAGAAAACAUGACAUGUCUGGAGAAUAGCCUGGAAAAAGAACUUGAAGACUUUGAGCCGGAAGUGGAACUCCAUAUCGUCCUGACAAAAUCAGACAAAGGCAGCCUAGGCUUUACAGUUACCAAAGGCGCUGAGAGUGUUGGCUGUUAUGUCCAUGAUGUCAUUCAAGAUCCAGCCAAAAGUGAUGGGAGACUCAGACCUGGGGACCGACUCAUAAAAGUUAAUGACACAGAUGUCACUAACAUGACUCAUACAGAUGCAGUGACCUUGCUUCGAGCUGCACCAAAGACAGUCAGAUUAGUUCUCGGACGGAUUCUGGAGUUACCUAAGAUCCCAGUUUUGCCUCAUCUGCUACCUGAUAUUACACUAAUGUGCCUUAAAAAGGAAUUGGGCCUAUCUUUAUCUGGAGGACAUGACAGCAUUUACCAGGUGAUCUAUAUUAGUGAUAUCAAUCCAAAGUCAACUGCCGCCAUUGAGGGUGAUCUCCAGCCAUUAGACAUAAUCCAUUAUGUGAAUGGAAUCAGUACACAGGGAAUGACUCUGAAGGAGGCUCAAAGAAUACUGGAAAUGUCACUUCCUUCAGUGGUGCUGAAAGCAACAAGAGAUGGCCAUCCAGUGGUUCCCAAGUCAAAUGCAAGGUCGACUAAUGCUAAUGGUCAUCACCAUGGCAGUCCAUGUGGCCAACCAGCUAUAACCCCAGAUAAUUCUUACCCUAAGACAAAUGGGGAAAAAGUAACAGACGAUUCUUUUCUUGAGGCAACAAAUUGUAUUUCUCAGACCCAGAGUUCAGUGAACUUGAUCAUGCCCAGAGAGACGCCUAUAGGUUGCUUUAUCAAUCAGUCAUCCAGUUAUUCCAAGUACAAUAACACCCCAGAAACUGAAGGGCAAGAAGAUGCCAGUUAUGAUGAUGAUCCCCAGGAAGAUGAAGUCAUCCAGUCUUUGUUGGAUGUUGUGGACGAAGAAGCCCAGAACCUAUUGAACUGCAAUCACACAAUAGCAGACAUGCUGGAGACCUUUAGGAAUUUGACAGAAGAAAAAGCAGAAGACACAGAUUGUGAUGGCUCCUCUCUACCUGAAGAUUUCCCAGAAUCCACAAAGGCAGAUGCCAGUGAAGACUGUUGCGAAGAAAAAGUAUUAAAAGAAAGUGUAACUCAAAAGCUCGAGGGGAGGAAAGACGGUGAAGGUGAAAUAAUGUGGGGAAGUGACAAGCUGCCAAAUGAAACAAUAAACCAGGAAGACCCUACAAAAGAUCACCCCUUUUUAACAAAUAAAGAGCUCUCUGCCCUCCCUGUCGUCAAAGUGCUUCCUUCAGGCAAUUAUGCUGGUAACAAGUUGAAAUGUGUGAUCCGAAUGUUGCGUGGUCUACUAGAGCAAGGAAUUCCUUCCAAAGAGCUGGAGAAUCUUCAGGAAUUAAAACCUUUGGAUCAGUGCUUAAUCGGACAAACGAAGGAAAAUAGGAGGAAAAACAGAUAUAAGAAUAUACUUCCCUAUGAUGCCACAAGAGUCCCGCUUGGAGAUGAAGGGGGUUAUAUCAACGCCAGCUUCAUUAAGAUGCCGGUGGGCAACCAAGAAUUUGUUUACAUCGCCUGUCAAGGACCUCUCCCUACAACGGUUGCAGACUUUUGGCAGAUGAUUUGGGAACAAAAUGCUACAGUGAUAGCUAUGAUGACCCAGGAGGUAGAAGGAGAAAAGAUCAAAUGCCAGCGGUACUGGCCAGAUAUCCUGGGCAAAACCAUAAUGGUAAAUGACAGGCUUCGGCUUGCCCUGGUGAGAGUGCAGCAGCUAACAGGCUUUAUUGUCAGAGCAAUGGAGCUCCAGGAUAUUCAGACUGGAGAAGUAAGAUGUGUUUCUCAUCUGAAUUUCACUGCCUGGCCAGACCACGAUACACCUUCACAACCAGAUGACUUACUCAUGUUUAUCUCAUACAUGAGACAUGUCCACAGAUCAGGGCCAAUCAUCAUUCACUGCAGUGCUGGGAUUGGACGUUCAGGGACACUUAUUUGUAUAGAUGUGGUUCUAGGACUGAUCAAUCAAGAUCUUGAAUUUGACAUCUCUGACCUGGUGCGCACAAUGAGACUGCAGAGGCAUGGGAUGAUUCAGACUGAGGAUCAAUAUAUUUUCUGCUAUCAAGUUGUCCUUUGUGUAUUGAGACGUCUUCAAAUUGAAGAAGAGCUGAAAAAUAAGCAGCAGCAUCUAAAAUGAUUCUUAAAACUUUUGUGUGCAUACAUGUCUGUUGUUAGCUAUGUCAAACUUUUCUUUCAAGACAUCUGCCCUGGCCGUUUAUCGGCCUUGGGAAAGGGCAAGAGAAGUCAAAUACCUUUAUAAAGACCCUCCUCACUCUGAAAUGAGAGGAUGUCCUGUAUAACAGUAAAUAUCUAAUAAAGCUGUAUUGUAUAGCUUUUUUAAACUAUGAUAAUUAUUGAAAUAAAAUGUUGUAUUAAAAAAUACUAACCUAUUACUGCAGUUAUUAAACUGCCUUUUUUGCUUAAAUUCCUUAGGGAAAAUUAAGGCAGUAUUUGAUCCAGGCAAGCAUUGUAAACUGGGAUGUUUUCUUAGUCUAUUUUUAAAAC